AUGGAGGUAGGCCGAGCCGGAGAUGGGUGGCAGGGGUCGGCGAACGGCGAAUCCAAACUUCCGCCCCAGAGUCGCGACUUCCACAUUCACGACGCGACGACGACAGUAUCAGGCGCACUAAGGAUACCACAACACAACAGCAUCGAGUGGAUUAUCGCAAACAUGGCGUCCGGACGCGCACCAAGCUCUACACCGGUGCCUACCACCGAGACUGCUGAGUCCGCUGGCGCUACGUCGACUGUCACGGCGCAGGAAUGGGAGGCCAUGUCAAACCUCCUCAAGAAUGUAUACGACUACAGGAUCGACGAUGGAACAUACGAUCCCACGAAGCUCUUCCAGCGCAAAGUGAACAAGCGCGCUGUGCCCGACUACUACGACAUCAUCAAGGAGCCUAUGGCCUUGAGCACGAUAAAGGCCAAGAUCGCGCAAAGAGAGUACAAGAACUUCUCUGAGUUCGUACGCGACCUGGCGCUGAUUCCCCACAAUGCGCAGGUGUAUAAUAGACAGGACUCGCAGGCAUAUGUGGAUGCGCUUGAAGUAAAGAAGGUCAUCGAACGCGAGUUGAAAAGGCUGGUGGAUGACAAGAUCGUCCCCGAGACAGUCGCUACCCUACCGUUCCUUGGAGAGAUCCCUGAACAAGAUCCGUUAUUACCAGAGGAGGAAGAAGAGGAAGAGGAAGAUGAGGACGAAGAAGAGCUCGAAGUUGACGAAGAAGAGGACGAUGAUGAAGAAGACGAAGGCAAACGCAAGAGGCGGCGCGGACCGCGAUCCACAGCUGCCAUCACCAAGCGAGAAGGUGGCUCAAGAGCAGCAAAGGAGGACGCCAAGAACGACGACCCAGAAUCGCGAAAGAAGCGCGGACGCCCGCCGCGGGUCGACACACCCAUGGAGGCACGCAUCAAGACGAUUAUGAAAGCCAUAAGGAAGCCUCGAAAUCAGCUUAACAAGCUCAUGGUCAGCGCAUUCGAGCGCGUCCCCGACAAGACGGUCAUGCCCGAAUAUCACUCCGAGAUUAAGAACCCAAUGGCCAUGGACAUUCUCAAGCGCAAACUCAAGCGAAAGAAGUACAACUCGGUCGACCACUUUAUGGUGGACGUCGAGCUCAUGUUCGAGAAUGCAAAGCAGUACAACGAGGAGGACAGCCAGAUUUACAAGGAUGCUGUGCAUCUCCAAAAGGAGUCGCGCAAGGUUGCAAAGGCCGAGAAGGAGAGGCCGGACACCGACUACGUCAUGGAAGAGGGACGUAUCCCCAUGCCUAGCGGCAUUGUUCACAAUGGUGAGCUGUGGAAGGUCGGUGACUGGGUGCAUAUUCAGAAUGCGAAUGACCUCACAAAGCCAAUUGUGGCCCAGAUCUAUCGCACCUGGCAAGACGCGAACGGCGGACAGUGGGUGAAUGCCUGCUGGUACUACCGCCCGGAGCAGACUGUGCACCGUUUCGACCGGCACUUCUUCGAAAAUGAGGUUGUCAAGACUGGCCAGUAUCGAGACCACCGCAUCGAUGAAGUAGUGGACCGGUGUUUCGUCAUGUUCAUUACACGUUAUAACAAAGGUCGUCCCCGUGACUUUCCUUCCGACAAGGAGAUUUACGUCUGCGAAGCUCGAUACAACGAAGAGAACCAUAAGCUCAACAAAAUCAAGACAUGGGCCAGUUGUCUACCCGACGAGGUGCGCGACAAGGACUAUGUUAUGGAUUUGUUCGAUGCGCCUCGAAAGUUGAAGAAGGUACCCAGCCCGAUUGCGUACUUGCUCAAAGACGACCAAAAGGAGGACGACGAUCUUCCAAAGCCAGAGUGGGGUGCUGAAAAUGCUCCUCCAAAGAUUGGCGCCGUGCAUCGUCGUCCGCGUGACGCUAAGGAUUCACCACCACCUGAACCCACCCCACCACCUCCUCCGACACCUCCACCCGCGCCCGCCAUGCCCACCCCAAGCCUACCCACGGCUUCGUCGCACGGCUACGAAUCAUCAAGAAACUAUCCCAUCGCGCAAGCCCCGACCCUAACGCCAAUGCCUGCUCCAACACCACAACAGCACCAUGUUGGACCAGCAUACACGCCAACCCAUGCGACACAUUACCAUACCCACUCUCAAUCACCCGCUCCACAUAUGCACCAGCAGGCAACCCAGGCGCCUGCCUACCAGCCUAUCACGCCACAUGUACCAUUCACACCCCAACCAACUGCCCCCAUGCAGGCCUUUCAGACGCCGCGCGCUGCGCCAGGCUACCAACAACCGUAUCCUCAGCAAUUGCCGCUCAACUAUAAAGCCCCACAGCCUGUAGAGGUCUACGUCAUGGCCGACCAUGCAAACGCCAGCAUACCGCUUGAGAUCCGCGAGCAGUUCCAGCGCGACGAAAAGGGCCGUGUCCUCUUCUUCACCGCGCCGCCGCUCAACGUGGAGCAACCGCUGACUAAAGAUGGACGUGCAUUGGGACAUUCGGCUCGCUACCUUGCCGCAAAGGCAAAGAAGGAAGCCUCAAAGCGCAAAACUGGCGAAGCCAAUAUUGACGAGAGCGAGCAAGCAGCUAAGAAGGCUAAGGCUGAUGAGGAGGAUAAGUUCAAGAAAGCUGUGUCGGAACUGGGCACGAAAGCACUGCGGGCGCUAGAAGACCAGCUCGCCAUUGCUACAAAGGCAGAUUUGGAGGGUCUGUUCAAUGGGCAGACGGAGGAAGGCAUUUCUAAAGUGCUCGAUCAGCUCACUAUUGCUCAGAAAAUGGCUAUGCAGCAGGAGCUGGAGCGUGAGAUGCAUAUCAAAGAGCGUGAGGAGAGCAGGAGGAUAGCGGUCACCGGUAUGACGGCGCGAUUAGAGGAGAAGUACUGA